AUGUCGCAAAAUAAUAUUGAUUUUAAAUCUAAUCCUAAUCCUAGAAUUUAUACUAAACAAAUUAGCAGUAAAAGUGAAUCAGCUUCUAGAUUAUCUGAAAUAUCAGAUGAUAGUAGUAGAUAAAUGAUUGAUAAAAAUAUAAAUAAAACUGGACUUAGACGCAAUUCUAAAUAAUAAAGAAUGAUUCAUUAAGACUAAACUAACUAAACUGCUAAAUUUUCUAAUGAAAUAAAUACAUUUAAAAACACAUUCAAGAAAUCAAAAUUUGAUAGUACCUGGAGUUAAUCAAAUUUUUUGAAAGCUCUAAAGACUGAACGAAUGAAAUAACAAUUCAUUAAUAAUAUUUUUACAAAUUCAUAUGUUUUAAGAUAAAGUAAGAAAUAACUCAUCCAUGAUAAGUAUAUUAAAAAAAGCAUCAAAUAACCAAUUUUAGGUAUUUGAAUUAUAUAAUUUUACAUAGAAAAAUAUUAACAAUCAACAAUACCUGUUAUUUCACCUACUAGUGGAUUUAUUAUAAUAUGGGAUGCUUUUGGUACUAUAAUUAAUUUGAUGAUUCUAUGGUUAACUCCAUUUCUAAUGACCUUUUAAUAAUAAAUCCAUCAAAUCUCAUUUUCUGCCAUUUAAUUAUUAAUUAUUUUAUUUCUCAUUAGUGAUAUAUUUGUUACAUUGAAUAAAGGAAUCAUAAUCUAAGGGAUUUUAAUUUAAAAGAGAAGAAAAUUAAUCUCAUAAUAUCUAUAAACAACUGCUGUAAAUGAUUUUAUGAAUUUAGCUCUAUAAAUUAUGAUUUAAUAAGAUCUGAUAUCAUAUCCUAUUUUAGGUGAAUGUCUUACUGUUUGUUAGAUGAUUGUUGCUUAUAUAAAAAUUUAAAAGUAUUUAACUGAUUAUUUUUUAUUCGCCUUCUUUAAAGGAGCAUCAAGUUUUUUUAUGGAUUUGUUAUGUUUAAUAUUUACAAUUUAUUUUUUUGCACAUAUUGUUGCCUGCUUUUGGUAUUAUGUAGGAUCUAAAUCGGGAGAAACUUCAUGGCUUAUCAGAUAUUAAUUAAUUAAUGAAUCUCCCUGGAAAUAAUAUAAUUACUCCUUUUAUUGGGCCACUAUGACUAUGACAACAGUUGGAUAUGGUGACAUAACUGCUCAAAGUUAAUUAGAAAUUAUAUAUGUUGAUAUCAUUAUGUUUUUAUCAAGUGGAGUUUUUGCAUAUUCUAUGAAUUCUAUUGGAAUGAUUUUAAAAAGUCUUUAAGACUCUAAAAUUAAAUAUAAAAGAUCAUUAUUAUAAAUGAAUACCUAUAUGAGCAAAAAUCAGGUUGAACCUCAAAUUUAAAGUAGAAUUCGAAAUUAUCUCAAAUAUUAUAUAGAGUAGGAACAAAAUGAAAAUUAAGAAGAUGUUAAUAAUUUGAUAUCUUUAUUACCUUCAAAUCUAUAGUAAGAUUUAAAUACUGACAUCUAAACUAAAGUGAUAAAUAAAGAUAAAUGUGUUAUCAAUCAUUUUUCUAAAAGAACAUAAUAGUAAUUGUCAAAGAGUUUAUAAUUGGUAAAAUUUACUCCUGGAGACAUAAUAUCUAAAAGAGGUGACAUUUCAGAUAAAAAUCUAUAUUAUAUAAAGGAAGGUGAAGUUGAUAUAAUUGAUGAAUAAACUAAAAUGAAAUUUAAUAGAUUAAAAUUAAAUUAACCAUUUGGAAUAUACUAAUUUUUUACUAAUUUUCCACCUAAAACCUCAGCUAUCAGUGUUGGUUUUUCAAAUAUCUAUAAAAUUAGCAGAUAAGAAUUUUUAGAUAUACUUUAAUUUAACAGAAAAGAUUUUGAAAAGUUUCAUUAUAUCAAGGAUUAAAUAAUUUUUUAUUAAAAUUAUCGAAUAUUUGAUAUGUAAUGUUAAUAUUGUGAUAGGUAUAAUCAUUAAGAAAUAGAUUGUCCAAUAUUAACAUAUAAACCAGACUUAGAAUAAAGACUCUUAAAAAUGAAUUAAUUAAUUAAUUUACCAAAUAGAUUGAAAAAAAUUAGAUAAAGAAACAAAAGUAAUAGUUUGGGAUAGUAAGAAACAAUUUAAUAAUAAGUUAAUUAAUACUUAGAAGAUAAUUAUGGUUAUCAUAUGUCUAAUUCUUUCUAAGUAGCUAUAGCAGCAUAAAGAUCAAAAAGUAAUAAUUAUUCUGAACUUAAUAUUGAUAAUAAGAAAUCAACUGGAAUUGCUUUAGAUGAUGGAGAUAAUGAAUAAGCAAAAUUAUUAAUUGGAGAGGGUUCUGUAAAUAAAAUGAUAAUUAAAUUUGAUCAAUCAUCUAAUUAAGAUUAAGAUUUACCUUAAGUAAAAUUAAUUAAAAAAGAAUCAAAUAAUUAAGCAAAAGAAUUUAGUAUGAUGGAUGAAUUAUUUUCAAAUUAAUUGUUUCAUAGUGUGAUUUAAUGUGAUUAAUAUUAAUCGUAUGAAAAUUACUUUCCUUCAGGAAAUAUUUAAUGCAUUAUAUAACAUUUAGAAAAUAUAAAUAGAAAAUAUCAUAAAAAAGUUUAAAAAUAUAUCUAGGGUAUGAAAAAGUAUACAUUUUUUUAUAGAGUAAAAUUAAGAGCCCUAAAACUUAGACUUCUUUAUAUGAAAACUCUAAAUAAUGAAUGA